AUGGCACAGUUUAAACACCUUGCAGAGUUGAACAGCUUCAUGGCUAUGGAUGGUGAAAAUGUGAAAGGACCCGUGCCGCGGUGGCAACGCAAGCUGAACCUUUCCGCAGCCUCAGCAAGCUUCAACAGUAGUGCGCUGGCGAAUACGUCCGCCCGACAAACGCUGUCGGUGUCCAUGUCGGGCAAUGCAAACAACACGCUCCAGCUAUCGACGACGGGAAAUUCGUUAAAAACGCCGCGAAAGAAUGGCAUUAAAACCGCGGUGGUGGCGUCAUCCUCUAAGAAAACUUCGCAAACACCUAGCAAAGGAGCUAGCAACGGGCAAAGUCAACCGGGCGGAGGUGAUCGCUUCAUACCGAGUCGAACGACGACAGAUUUUGAUCUGGGCCACUACAUCGUGAAACAGGGCGCAACUGGAACCGAGGAAGAUGCAGAGAAUGAGGAUGGUUCCGCAGCGGCAGCUACAAACGUCCCCGCCAGCCCGAAACAGAGCGAACGCAUGAAGAGUCUUUCGGAAGCGAUGAGUGGUUGCGAUAUAAGCAAGCAACGGUUACUUUCCUUCCGGACGAAAGUUCCCGCCCCACCGGAAGGCCAUAUAAACCCGCUAAAGGCAAUCUACUCCGUGAAAACGCCCAUGUCCGCAAAGAGCGGUAGCCGUUACAUCCCCAACGCGCCGGAACGAAUACUGGAUGCACCGGAAAUUAUGAACGAUUACUACCUCAACCUGAUGGACUGGAGCAUGGACAAUGUGAUUGCUGUGGCGCUCGGCUCUUCCGUAUAUCUGUGGAAUGCGGCCACCGGUACGAUCGAGAUGUUAUUCGAAAACGAAGGAAACGAUCACGCUUGUUCGCUGGGUUGGAUCCACGAGGGUCACAUUUUAGCAGUAGGCACAAGCGCCGGCACGGUGGAGCUGUGGGAUUGUGAAAAUAUCAAGCGUCUUAGGGUUAUGAAUGGACACUCGGCACGGGUCGGUGUGCUGGCGUGGAAUUCGUACGUGCUCUGUUCGGGCAGUCGGGACGGUAUGAUCAUCAAUCACGAUGUGCGGUCACGGCAGCAUAACAUCGGCAUGCUGCAGGGCCAUACGCAGGAAGUUUGCGGGCUUAAAUGGUCCCCGGAUGGAAAAUACCUAGCUAGCGGGGGUAAUGACAACCUCGUGCACGUGUGGUCCGCAGCGAACGGAGCACCACACGCCACCGGAGAACCACUGCACGUGUUCAACGCACAUCAGGCCGCCAUUCGAGCGCUUGCCUGGUGUCCAUGGCAACCGAAUGUACUGACGAGCGGUGGUGGUACGGCUGAUCGUACCAUCAAGUUCUGGAACGUCGCCAAUGGUCAGUUGAUGAACUCGGUCGACACGAAGUCACAGGUGUGUGGGUUGCUGUUUUCGAAAACCUACAAGGAAUUAAUUUCGGCCCACGGUUACGUGAACAAUCAACUGUCGAUCUGGAAGUAUCCGUCGAUGACGAAGCAAGUGGAUCUGAUGGGACAUACGGGCCGUGUGCUGCAGAUAGCCAUGUCACCGGACGGCAGCACCGUGAUGAGUGCCGGAGCGGACGAAACACUUCGUCUUUGGAAUUGCUUCCAGCCCGAUCCUCUGCUGGCGAAGAAGGAAAAGUCUGGUGUUCGGGAGAAACCGAGCUUACUGAAGCAGAACAUGCGAUAG